AUGGUACUGGUUCUGUUGAUACCUGUAAUCGGAUUUGUGGCAGCAAAUCCUUUUUCAAACACAUUGAAUAACCGCUUUGUCCCUCAAGUUCAAAAAGCGCUUUCGCUUUCCACGGAGAAUCGUUUGGAUAUAAUAGACGACAGUCCAGAUAAAAUAAAUGAAAUGGUAGAAAAUACGAAUGAGACUACUCUAUCAAUUCUGAAGCAUAUAAACCAUCAUUUCAAAGAAUCGAAGACACGUGAAAAUGAGACAAAUGAAAAAAGGACACAAGGACGGAAACAUAAAGCUUUAUUUGUAGAUUAUCCUCUGUUAUCGCGUAUCAUACAUUAUCCAAGGAUGCCUGCGUAUGAAAACGACAAUUCAGAGUUGACAGCCAAGGAUAGAUCGGCAAGCGAGUCUGAUAAACGAUACCCAGAGAGCGAUAUUUUUUAUAUUCGACUUCCACCUAUUCCAUAUAUGUUUGUACCUGGUAUCGGAUAUAUCUCGCAACCACCCACAUACUCGAGCGCUCCCUUGAAGCCCCCGAUACCCUUCGUUCCUCAACUAGUCCAGCUACAUCACGUGAGACCCGUGCGACCUCAACUAGCCUCUCAGCAGACCGUUAAUUCCUUCAUCAAAUUGCCUAUAGACUUCAUAAGCAACGGCAAGCCCACCGCCGUUUACCAAUGGCAAAAGAAGCCUGGCAAGAAGCCAACCGACAGUCCAAUCACGAACUUGGACAACCUGUCAGCCGACUUCGUGAACAACGGUAAGCCGACCUCUAUUUAUCAAUGGCAAGCGAAUCUCAGGCCGGUAAAGAGGCCGGAUAAUUCGCUUAACAGUCUUGAUAUGGGACCUUACACCUUUAAUGGCAAACUAACCAGCGUGUACUUGCUUGAAUCGAAUGAUUCCACCACAAUGCAUCAAUCCAUUCGACACUCCAAUUAUCAAAAUGUGCGUUAA